AUGAAGAGCGCAUGCGAUGUUCGGCGCUUACCCUCCCAUGUACGCAUUACCGAACGCGGUCCGGUGUUGAAACUAUACUGUCCAGUUGGCCUUCGACCCUUUGAGGUUGACCCCACUGGGGUGGUCAUUCCAUCGCGCGGUCGAUUUGCUCGGUAUAUGUGCAUCGACGGACAAUACCAGCGUAUUCACUUGAAUGGGACAGAUAAAAAUGUUUUCUUGUGUGCCGAUCAACAAUCAAACAGCUGUCCAGGACUGAAAACACUCAGCACAAAUGUGUCAGUCCAAAUUCAUCAGGGCAUCGCCAGACUUGACUUCAUUUUCAAUCGCACUUUUGUGAUCCUCUACUGUGUCCAUGGAGUGUGGCACAAUUUACACGGCCUGGAACUUCCAGUUGGUUAUCUGGUCGAAACGCACAAUUCUUCCUUCAAUCAGUCUUCUCUCAGGAAUCCGAUCACAAGCGGCCAUUGCUCACUGCAUUCCAGCCCCAAAGAAUCUACUGACGCUCCAGACAAUCCGCUUGGUGUUGCUUCCAACGCUUCACGCAAAAACUCUCAUUUAGAACGAUCUUUUUUUAAAAAGACUUCCAGGCCAGCGACUUCCCCUUGUGUUUGUUGUACAACCGAAGAAAUUGUACCCCAUAAUCUAUCAGAAUCAGAACUUUCAGUUGAAAACACCAACCGAACGGUCAGAUUUUGCUCACUCACGGUCCAAUGGAUUCUCAUGGGCCUCCUAUCCGCUUUGUCACUUCUAUCCUUCGUAGCUUUUCUUCUAGUCUACAAGCGACAUGCUAGCCUAAUCCAACGAGUCCAAUUCGGUGUGCUUCGUGAAUUACAAAAACAUGAGCCAAGAAUCGUGGUGUAG